GGGCACACCCUGAGCGGGGAGAGGAGGCCGGCGCGGACCCCCCGGCGCCCCCCAACGCCGCCCUCCCCCGCGGCCUUCCCUCCCUUUCUUCUUCCCGCCACUCGCCGGGGGUCGCCGCCCCGGUGUCCCGGCUCCGCGGAACUGGCGGCGGGGCGGGCGGGCGCGCGGCGUUGUUCGCCUUCGCCGAAGUGUGGCCCCGCCGCCGCCCCGUAGCCCGCGCGUCCGCGUCCCUUUCGGUCUCCAGGCAACCGUCGCCGGGUCCUCGCGGCGGGAGAACCCAACCGACCCUGGCGGCGGGACGCACCGCGGACCCCAGAAAGGGCGGACGAGCCGGGCGCCGGCGUCAUGGACCUGGUCAUCACGCAGGAGCUGGCCCGCGCCGAGAGCCAGCAAGAUGCUGCGUCCUUGAAGAAGGCCUAUGAGUUGAUCAAAUCGGCCAACCUAGGGAAAUCGGAGUUUGACCCCUCAGAGAGCUUCAGCCCAGACCUGUUUGUUCUGUGUGCAGAGCAGGCCCUCAAGAUGGGGCAGCCAGAGGUGAGCGAGGACUGCAUCCAAAUGUACUUCAAGGUGAAGGCGCCCAUCACCCAGUUUCUGGGCCGAGCGCACCUGUGCAGGGCCCAGAUGUGUGCCCCAAAGUCGGCAGAAAACCUGGAGGAGUUUGAAAAUUGCGUAACUCAGUACAUGAAGGCCAUAAACUUUGCCAAAGGAGAACCGAGGUAUUACUUUUUGGUGUACAAUGCAUCAGUCCUCUACUGGCAGAUGGUGAGGCCGUUCCUCGAGCCUGGAUAUCGCCACCAUCUGAUCCCCAGCCUUUCCCAAAUUGUAAACGUGCUGAGUCAGACCGAGGAGGAAGACAAGGAGUGGCACGCCGAGCUGAUGCUGGAACUUCUGGAGUGUUAUCUGCAAGCCGGAAGAAAGGAGGAGGCUGCCAGGUUCUGCUCCACUGCAGCUCCGUUCAUCAAGUCUCACGUGCCGCAGAAAUACCGGCAGAUGUUCUCCGUUAUGGUUCGUCAUGAAUUAAUGGACAAACUUCAGUUAAAGGAAGAAAAGAAAAAUUCCAUUAGCCUGUCAGUCACUUUCUAUAUUAAUAUGCUAAAAGCAAAAGCAGACCAAAAUGAUUUACCAGGCGACGUCAGUGUCAUUCUGAGGAAGGCCUAUAGACACUUAAGUCGUUACAACCACCAGCGCUUUCCUUCCAUCAGAGAAGAAAAAAUGCUUUUGCUUUUUGAACUGGCACGUUUUUCCUUGACCUUGAAAUGCAUGGAGAUCUCCUCUGACUGCCUCUCAGACCUCAAGAAGAUGGAAAGCAAAGUAAGUGGCUUUACGACACUGUUGCCUGGGGUUGGGAGGCUGCUCACCGUGCAUUUGGACAAAAGGCAAAGAAGGGAAAAGCAGUUCACAAGGCCGUGGCCCCCAGGGCUUCGGUCGGUGGUUGGCACGUUGCCGUCUUUCCUACCUGUGUUUUGCACAACUGCGGUUAGAUGGUGUUUGCAAUUUUACACCUGCCCAUUUCUCUUUACCUUUAUUGUGGCCACGAGGCCACAGCACCACAGUUGUUUCUAGAGUCCACUUUACAGACGGUGUAAAAUGUCAUGAUGCUAAUGAUCCGGAACAUUCUCCAGCAGUCUCAUUAUUGGACGUGUAAGUCACACCGGCCAUGCCUCAUUACCCACAGUUCACUUUCUGCAGUUUGCUACCUGCAGGCACCUACAGUGUGAAAGUAUUAAGGUUUUUUGAGGGAGAGGCCACAGCCACAUCACUUUUAUUACAGCAUAGUGUUAUGGUUGUAUUUUAUUAUUAGUUAUUGUUAUAAAUAUCAUACUGUGCCU